GCCGUGUGAAGAUAUCUGUUGCGGUCGACCCCCCUAGAUUGACGUCCCCCUGCCGGUGCCCUAGCCCAGCGCAGACCGAGCCAUACAGUUGCGACGUUGCGACGCUGUUCCAUUUCGCACUGACUGCAUAAUUGGCGAUCCGAGCGGUCUUCGAAGUAACGUAGGACACCUAAGUAGAUCGUACUUGUUCAGAGGAAUGGCUGUUUGUGUUGCUGUAAUUGCUAAAGAGAAUUAUCCACUCUACAUAAGGACGAUACCAACAGAGAAUGAGCUGAAAUUUCACUACACUGUCCAUACAUGUCUAGAUGUGAUAGAGGAAAAGGUAUCAUCGGUAGGAAAGAGCAGCAAUGACUUGCGAGAGCUCUACCUGGGUCUCCUGUAUCCCACGGAAGACUACAAGGUCUAUGGCUACGUAACCAACACAAAAGUCAAGUUUGUCAUCGUGGUAGAGUCCUCUAACACUCAGAUGAGGGACAAUGAAAUCAGGAAUAUGUUCAAGACGUUACACAACGCUUAUGUAGACAUGCUGUGCAAUCCAUUCUAUACUCCCGGAGAGAACGUAAAAUCGAAAGCUUUUGACAACACAGUGAACCAGAUGAUGAUACAAGAUUGAAAUGUUUCAG